AAAAGUGAAGCAACACAAGGCGGACGGCGAGGAGGCGGCGUGACGUCACUCCUUCAUCACACCGCCACCAUGUCGAAAAGAGGACGUGGAGCAUCGUCGGGAGGGAAGUUUAGGAUCUCCCUCGGCCUGCCGGUGGGCGCAGUCAUGAGCUGUGCUGACAAUACAGGCGCCAAGAACCUGUACAUCAUUGCUGUGCAGGGCAUCAAGGGUCGCCUCAACCGCCUGCCGGCCGCCGCUGUUGGAGACAUUGUGGCUGCCACCGUCAAGAAGGGCAAGCCAGAGCUCAGGAAGAAGGUGCAUCCCGCCGUGGUGGUGAGGCAGAGGAAGCCUUACCGCAGGAAGGACGGCGUCUUCAUCUACUUUGAGGACAAUGCAGGUGUCAUCGUCAACAAUAAGGGCGAGAUGAAAGGGUCAGCUAUCACAGGACCCGUGGCAAAGGAGUGCGCGGACCUGUGGCCCAGAAUCGCCUCCAACGCUGGCUCCAUCGCCUAAAGUAGAAGAAUAAAAAAAUAAGUCAAA